AUGGAGUGGACCGGAGCGUUGCAGUCCAGUUCGCUGUGGGGCGCGAACAUGAGCAUGAUGAGGAGAGAUCGGUCAGUUAACGGCUCGGUGGUCCUCCACGACUACAUGGUGUUUUUAUACCAAACGCUGUCCAAACCUCAAAGCAGAGACUUUGACGUUUCAGACAGAGCAGGAGCUGCUAACACAGUUACAAGUUUUGUGGACCAAGGACGAGAUCCUCCAUCAUGGGAGAGCGGUCAGCGCUACAUAUUCGACUUGUCCAGCCUGGCCAGGAUGGAAGAGCUGGUGGAGGCCGAGCUGAGAAUCCACAGGAAGCCUCCGGCAGACCUUCGACCUGCCCUAACAAGCGGAGGAAACCUUUAUCACAUCCGCCUGUACUCCUGCUCUUCAGAGAGACAACUGCUGGACUCCAGAACUGUCGAGGUUUUGGGUGGUGGUCUUCCCAGGUGGGAGGUGUUUGACGUAUGGUCUGGCAUGAAGGCCCAUCUGAGGAAUCCUUCGGAGCCACCACAGGCCUGCUUCCAGCUCCUGGCCUUCUCUGAACUGACCAACAAGGUGGCUGACCCUCUGGUCCUGGGGCUGGGUCGCACCCCUUGCCCACCCCAGGAGAAAGCUUUGCUGGUGGCUUUCUGGCAUACCGACACCGCCGACAGUCUGUUCGGAGAGGUAACGCGCAGAAUGAAGAGCGGUGGAUUUAGCCUCCUGAAGCCUCCGAAACGUAUUCCAAAACACGUAAAGAAGAACCGCCGGCAUCGACAGAGAGCUCUGUCCAAACGGUCUUUCGGUGGGGCGGCGAGAGCAGGCAGGAGGAGCCGCUGCAGCCGGAAACCGCUGCAUGUGAACUUCAGAGACUUGGGCUGGGACGACUGGAUCAUCGCCCCUUUGGACUACGAGGCGCGCCGCUGCGACGGCACGUGCGACUUCCCGCUGCGCGCCCACCUGGAGCCCACCAACCAUGCUGUCAUCCAGACCCUGAUGAACUCCAUGGACCCUGAUCUCAGCCCACCCAGCUGCUGCGUCCCCUCCAGUCUCAGCCCCAUCAGCAUCCUCUACAUCGACUCAGCCGGCAGCGUGGUCUACAAGCAGUACGACAACAUGGUGGUGGAGAGCUGUGGGUGCCGGUAG